GCGCAGUGAUACUCGUGUAGUGUGCGGGCUGAGCUAGAUCAGCUCGCUAAUGUUUAUAUCUGCAAGCGGCGAAGGUUAACACAGUGUAGGCUACACAGGGAACACACAUACACAUAGACGCGGCAGCAUGGCGAACGCGGAAAGAACUCAGAGUCCUCAUAAGCUGUCACAGGGAACAAAGUCAACAUGUCUACUAUUUUUUCGGCUUUUGUUUUUUGCUGUCUUUCAGGUGGCACAGGCAAACAAGCAAGCUUUUAUUCAGUCAGACACCAUCCUAGAGGUGCUACAUUUUGGGGAACGAGGCCUCUUGCAGACAGAGUCUGACAUUGACAUUAGUUCAUAUCAUCAAAAAAGCCCGCCCUUGCACAGAGGGAACUGCAGGCCCAUACGCUUUGAGCCGCCCAUGCUGGACUUCCACGAACAGCCAGUUGGAAUGCCAAAAAUGGAAAAAGUCUUCUUGCACAAUCCUAGUCCAGAAGAAAUUAGUUUAAUAUCAAUAUCAGCGACAACAGCGCAUUUUCACGCUUCAUUUUUUCAAAACAGGAUUAUCCCUCCAGGGGGAAACACAUCAUUUGAUGUGGUCUUUCUAGCACGAGUAGUAGGCAAUGUAGAAAAUACAUUAUUUAUAAACACGUCACACCACGGAGUGUUUACAUACCAGGUGUUUGGUGUGGGCAUACCCAACCCAUAUAGGCUCCGGCCCUUCAUAGGGGCAAGGGUCCCUGUCAACAGCAGCUUCUCCCCCCUCAUAAACAUCCACAACCCACACAGCGAGCCCCUGCAGGUUGUGGAGAUGUACUCCAGCGGGGGCGAUCUGCACCUUGAGCUGCCCACAGGCCAGCAGGGAGGGACACGGAAAUUAUGGGAAAUACCUCCCUUUGAGACGAAGGGGGUGAUGAGAGCGAGCUUCUCGUCGCGAGAUGCUGACAACCACACCGCCUUCAUCCGCAUCAAGACCAACGCCUCUGAUGAGGAUGAGUUCAUCAUCCUCCCCAUGGAGGUCGAGGUCACUGCAGCACCUGGUAUAUACUCCUCCAUUGAAAUGCUAGACUUUGGUACAUUAAGAUCUCAAGAUCGACCAAAGCAUUUGAAUUUGCAUCUGCUAAAUUCAGGAACGAAAGAUGUACCAAUUACCAGUAUACGACCAACGCCAUCAAAUGAUGCAGUGUCAAUAGAAUUCAAGCAAAUCACGCUUAAAGCUGGCGAGAAUAAAUAUACCAAAGUUGCAAGUAUUAGUUUUGAUGCGUCAAAGGUGAAAAGACCGUCGCAGACAUCUGGUAAAAUAACGGUGAAAGCGAAAGAGAAAAGCUACUCCAAACUUGAAAUUCCAUAUCAAACUGAAGUUUUAGAAGGGUAUCUGGGAUUCGAUCACACAGUCACCCUGUUCCACAUCAGAGACAGUCCCCCAGACCCACAGGAGAGGCCCAUAGUCCUCACCAACACCUUUAACUUUCCCAUUCUCAUCCAUGACGUCUCGCUGCCGGAGGAGGCCAAAACCAUGUUCAAAGUGAGUGUGUGUGCGCGCAUGUGUACCUUGUGACCAGGGGCUGUUUGC